CUGUGUACGUAUCGUGUAAAAAAUAAAUUUAUUUUUCAACCUUUGUUUAUCAAUUUUCAAAUUUUUGAAAUGACUUUACUUCGAUUAUUUUGUUGACAUUUUUUUAGAAUUCAGUGAAAGUAGUGACUGUUAUAAUUUUAAUCUAAGAAAUAAGUUUUUCAAGUUGAAGCAUAGAAAAAUAAGAAAACAAUGGCAGAAAGUUCAUACAACGUGAAAUCGGAACCACAUUCACCAAAACAUCAAAUUUCAUCAAGAUCGAGUUCAGCACAUAAUUCCGAUGAUGGUCAUACAACAGAUUCAGAAGAAAACAAGAGCAGUUCAUCGCUAAGUUAUAAAGAACGUCGUCGUGAAGCUCAUACUCAAGCAGAACAGAAACGUCGUGAUGCUAUCAAGAAAGGCUAUGAUGGUCUCCAAGAAUUGGUACCAACUUGUCAACAAAACGAUGCUUCAGGUUACAAAUUAAGCAAAGCGACUGUUCUUCAAAAGUCUAUUGAAUAUGUCGGAUAUUUGAAACAGCAGAAGCUGAAGCAAGAAGAAGAACGAGCAGCAAUGUUGAAAGAAGUAAAAGCACUAAGAAUUUUACAUAAGAAUUAUGAACAUAUGUUGCAACAUCAACAAACGUCAAAACAACAAACAGAGGCCUUAAGUGAUGACUUAAAGUUUCAAGUUUUCCAGUCGAUAAUGGACGAAAUGUUUCUCUCAUUUGAAAAACUUCCAAUGAACGAUUUUGACGAACUAGCAAACUCUGUAUGCGAGUGGCUUGAAGAGACUUUCAUAAGUCAAUUUAUGAAAGAAAUUGCACAACGGAGUCUUAAUAACAUUGAUUCCGGAUCGAAUUCAGAACCGAUGCAAAACUGAAUCUAACUUUAUCAAAACAUUUAAUCUUUUAUGUAGGUAGUUUGUAGGAAACCAAAUUGAAGAUUUUUGUUGUUAUCAGAAAUAAAUUUUAUUAUUUUUUAUUUUCUAACAAAAUAUUGUUCCGAC